AGGUCUGGUGGGAACCUGCAGUCUGGAGGGAGUGGUCCCACCACGGGCACCCUCCCACAGGGAGGGGAACGGAACGUCCAGCUGCAGGCAGGCCUAGGGUUGGGGUCAGAACAGGCGAGGAAGCGCCAGCCAGAGGGAGGAGGCACCAACAGGUGGGAAGAGCCUGCUGGCUUGCUGGAGUCUGUCACUGGUGGGGAAUCUGGCUCCAGGGCUGCUGGCCACCCAUCCUGAAGCGCGCAUCCUCUCCUGCCUCUGCCUUUCCUGUUUGUCUUCUGGGGUCUCCCCUGGGUCUGUCUGCCCAGCUCUCCUGGGAGGCCCUGGCUCUCCUCCGCGCGCAUCUGGGCUCCUCAGGGAGCCACCCUGGUCCGCUUGGCUUCUGCCCGGGGCACCCGCCAAGUCUAGCUCAGGAUCUGCGGCGUUCCCUGUCUGUCCCUGUCCCUCAUCUCUGACCUUUGUGUCCCACCUGCCUGUCCGCCUCCAGUCCAGAUCCUUAACCCGCGCUCCACACUGCCCUUCUGUGUCACUACUCCCGGUCUCCUCUCCUCCCGGGCUCUGGACGCCCCUGCCCUGUGCUGGGGGAUCCCUCCAGACCCCCUCUGCCUUCUCCCGCCGCCCCCUUCGCGGCUUCUCCCCGCAGGCCCGGUCCGGAUGCCCUGCCCUCGGCCGACCUGGCUCCGGCGGCCCCGGGUCCCCCCGGGCUCGGGGCCCGACAGCCCGGGCUCGCCGUCCACAGCGCGCUCCCCCAGCAGAGGGGAGGAGGAAGACGAAGGCGACGAGGAGGAGGGGGACGGCGGCCCGGGCCCCAUCCUGCCGCCCGCGUCCCCCGCGGACUGCCUCAUCUGCGCGUCGCCCUUCGACGGCGUCUUCAAGCUGCCCAAGCGCCUGGACUGCGGCCACGUCUUCUGCCUCGAGUGCCUGGCCCGCCUGUCUCUGGCCACGGCGGGCGGCGGCGACGCGGUGGCCUGCCCGGUGUGCCGCGCGCCCACGCGCCUGGCCCCGCGCCGCGGGCUCCCCGCGCUGCCCACGCAGCUCGGCCUGCUGCCCGGCCCCGCGCGCGCCCCGCCGCCGCGCCCGGGCUCCGUGCGCUUCGACCGCCGGCGCGGCCUGCUCUACCUGCGGCCGCCGCCGCCGCCCUCCGCGCCCGGGCCGCGCAAGGCCCGCCCCCCGCCGCCGCCGCCGCCGCCGCUACGCCUCGGCCGCCCGCUGUCGCGCCGCCGGCCGCUGGCCCGCUCGGCCUGGGCCUUCCACGCGGCCGUCGCCCUGGCCGUGCUGGUGGCCGCGGGCCUGCUGGUCUCGGGCAUCUACAUCUUCUUCCUCAUCCCGCGCGCCACCGCCGCCGGCCCCGCGCGGCCUCAGCUCGUGGCGCUCGCGCCGGCGCCCGGCUUCUCCUGGUUCCCGCCUCGGCCCGCGCCGGCGGCGCCCCGGACCACCGCCCGCACGCCGCGCCCCGCGGGCCCCGACCCGGACGCCGCCUCGCGGGGGGCUGCGGGGGGCGCGCCGGCGCCCGAGGGGGUUCCCCCGGAGACGGAGCCGCCCGACCGGCCCUUGGACCGCAGGUGGGGGGCGGAGCCCGGCCCCGACGGGGCCCCGCGGGCGCGCCGCCGGGGGAGGGCGUGGGGACCCCCGUAAACGCACCUGCUCGGAGGCCCCGCGUCGUGUCCUCCUGACGCUCGCCAUGGUCCCCGUGGAGGCCUCAGGGGGCGCACGGCAAGCACCCGCUUCCCGAGAGAGGCCCGGCGGGAUCAGUCCUGGCGUCAUCAGCUCGCGGCAGGGACCCUCUCAAGGAGCACCCCGACCCCGAUCCCCGUGGGCAUCCCGCUGUGAGGCCCCCACGUCUGUACAGGUGCCGCCGGGAGGCACCCGUAAACCAGUCGGGGACAGCUUGAUCCUCAUCUCUUGUUGGGAGUCCAGCCACAGAUGCCGCCUGAGCCACAUCCUGUAGGGGCCCUGCUAGGGGUGCCCCCAUCCUUCAUCCUCCUCAGGGUCCUCGUGAGUGCACCCCAGUCAUCAGAGCCCCAGGAGAGCGCUCGUCCUUGGCUGGCACCAAAGCGGAAGGCUGAUUUACACAUCCUUUGGGCUUUCUGCAGGUGCCGGGGACCCCCACCUUUAGAGGCAGACUAAUCCCUGGCCACACCUGUGAGUGGCGCAUUGCAGGACCAGCCGCCCCACUCCUCCCCAGGCUGUGGAGCUUGCUUUCUACUCUGCUGCUUGCAGGCUGAGCCUGGGUGCGACCAGCCAUCUCCAUGCUGGUCCUGCAUUGCUGCCUUGAACACCUGGCUGGGGCUUGGGCGUGGAGGGGGAGGGGUGGCCUGGCCAGGACUGGGGAGGGACAGACAAGGCCUGACCCUCAAAGACGCGCCCACUUGGGUCCCGAAUAUCAACUUGAAAUGGGGCCUCAACUUCCCCUAUGGCUAGUGGCUUCUGGGAUUCUCCUAAUAUGCAGAGGGGCAGCUGUGGUCCCUGAGGCUCAAAGAGGCCAAAGUUGCCCUGUGUCAGACAGUGGCUGUGAUUUCGGAUGGGGGCUUGCUCCUGGACAUCCCUGGCCCCUCUCACUAGCCACUAGAACCCUCGUUAUCACCAUCUCCACUCAUUGAAUACUCAGGGUGGCUUACAGGGAAGGUGGUCCUCCUCUCAGAAGCUUUCCUGGGUUAGUCACACGGGCUAGAUGGCAGCCACCCUCUGCACAAGCUGAGCGUGGGCCUUCCGUCUUCCCCCGGGCCCUGGAGCCCCGUCUGCCUGACUUCACCCAAGGUUGGGAUGCUGUGUGUGGCAGGUGGGCAUCCAGCAUGUUCCAGAGAGACGUGUGACUUCUUUGGGGCUAGAGGCUCCUGUUUGUUUACGUGUGUGUCCUCAGCACCUGGCGCACGUACGGUGGGUGCCAAGUAGUUUAGUAGGGAGUGACAGCAUUGCAGAUAACCAAAAGGCAGCCCAGGAAUGCCUGUGGGCAUCCUCGGUUCACCUGGCUCCCAGCCACCCUGACCUGGGCAUGUCAGUGGCGCUCCUUCUGAAGGGAGCUGCUGCUUCAGGUGGGAAGCAGGAGGAGCGACUCAGGGCGUCCUAGGGAGUAUCUUCCGGGACCAGUUCUUGUCCCACAUCCAGGGCCAGUGACACACACAGGGCCCGGGACCAGUGUGCUGGGUCACUGGGCAGGCACAGCCCAGCCCCACAGGGAGGAAACCUGGUCAGGCAGGAGCAGGACUGAUUGGUGGCCUGUAUGGGUUUUCCCCAGCUGCUGCAACAAAUUACCACCAAAUCAAUUCCUUAGAACACCACAGGUUAGUUAUCUUACAGUUCUGCAGGCCAAGACUGUGGAAAUCAGUUUCACUGGGCUGUAGUGGAGGUGGGCUAUUUCCUUCUGGAUGCUCUGAGAGAGGAUUUCCUUAGCUUUUCUCUCUCUUCUGUCUGCAUUCCUUGGCUUCCUCCUCUGUCUUCAGAGGCAACAGUGUAGCAUCUUCCAAUCUCUUCCUGACUCUCCUGCCUCCCUCUUUUACUUAUAAGGACACUGGGCUUACACUGAGCCCACCCAGAUCAUUCAGGGUAACGUCUCCAACUCAGUAUCCGUCUCCAACUCAAUAUCCUUAAUUUAAUCACAUCCACAGAGUCCACUUUGCCAUGGGAAGUAAUGGGUUCACAUAUUCCAGGGAUUAGGAUUUGGGUAUCAUGGGGAGCAUUAUCAGGCUUACCAAAGGGUCUCAAAUAUCCCCCUCCUCCUCCCUUCUGUCCUCUACCCAGUCUGGGAGAGUUGCAGUGCAGGAGUAGAACUGGCAGGUAUGGGCCCAGCCAGGGGAGUCAGAAAUGGGGCCCUUGGCUGGCGGCGCACAGAAGAGAUGAUGCCUUCUGCCUGAGGGUGUUCAAGGAAGGCUGCCUGUAGGAAGAGACUUCAAAGCUGUAUCUUUAAGGAUGCUGAAGGGAAAGGACAGCUGGCACUGAGGCAGGGAGCUGGUGGCUGAGGGCAGUGGGCAGGGCUGGCGCCUCCCUGUCCUAACCUGCUUCCUCCUCAGGACUACGGGGAAGGGUUGCUUCUCCACCCUCCCAGCUGGGAGCCUAAGACCUCAGUCUAUCUUCCCAUAAGAUGAAGCUGGCAGAGCUCAGGGGUCGCUGAGCGUCCCUGUUUGCUAAUUACGACCUCGAUGUCUGCCUGCCCACUGCCCACAGACAAAGGGGAUGCCUGAAACCACCCUGGGGCCAGGAUCACAGGGGACUCCUCUGACACUCGGUAACCAGCUUCUGUGGCCAGCUGGGGCUGUGUUCUCCCAGCCCUCCCUCUGCCCGCUCCAUCCCUCCUGGUUAUCCCCCCACACUUGCCGCAGGCUUGCACCUCUUCCAGAUGGUCCCAAUGCCUGUGAACAGGGAAGGGGGUGGGGGGGGGCCGGGGGUUGGCCUCUUCCUGGCAUUGUGCCAGGGGUGCCUUUACCUGCCAGACUGGUUCUCUCUUCUGUAAAAUGGGACACAAUAAAAUACUUGCAGCAAGAAUUCCUUCAUCCACAAGCAUUUGUUGAGCGCCUGCUGUGUACCAAGGGCACACUGGAGGCACCUUGGGAACCAGGGACUUCGCAUGGCAGAUGAUGUCAGGAGGGCUGAGCCCAGGAGCCAUCCUCUUGGCAACACUGCCUGCCUCUCCACGCUCCUGGGGCCCUCAACUCCCCAAGCCGUUUCCAGGCCCUCCCCCAGGUCUCCUCCCUUUGCCCCCAGGGGCGCUUGGUGCGCCACCUCUCUCAGGAGGCUCAGGGAGGCCUCUGCCCACACCACGCCCGCCUCCGGCCACUGGGGCCUCUUGUGUUCAUGCCGAGGGAACAGGGCCCACAGGGGGCCUCGCUGUACCCUGAGAGAGGAAGUGUGGAUUCGAACAGCGACCAGAGAGAGAGCAUUCUGCAAAACACCUGCCCUCAACUCCACUCCCUGGCCGGGAAGCCUCACUUUUCCUUCUCCCAGGGCCCCGCAGCCGCAGCUCUCUUCCAUCCAGCGAGUUUUCCACUCGUGUCUU